CUCAUCACAUGCACGUUAGUCCAAUGGAAACCUUUAUUAUUUCUCGACUAUUGACUCCCACACAAGCUUCUUUAGCCAGAUGCAGAAGUACUUUAAUGCUUUCUGAGAUAUAUACUGAUUCAGCACCAGCCAGCCCUCUUAAAACUUUUUACAAGCCUUCCCCCACUAGAAGUGUGGAGAAAAAGAAAGCAGCAUCUGCUUCCAUGUCAGAUUCAAUGAAGGGAGCAAGUACAAGUGAAGUCUCACAGAAUGAGAAGAAAAAGAAACAAUCAACAACACCUGUCACAUCUGGUUUGGGAUCUCCUUUUAAAAAAUAUGAAUCUUCAGCAGCUGUAUCUAAACAAUCAGCUUCACCCACAACUCCAAAGUCAGUCUCAAAGACUUAUCCACAGUCUCCCAAAACUAAUAAAACAUAUCCAGCUUCUCCUAUGAAAAAUCGUACAACUUCAAACUUGAACCAAGAAAGUCCUAAAAAAAGAACAGCAAAAGUUAAAGACAGCCAGCGGGAGAAUAUUAGUCAAAGAACAAAAGCAUCACCAGUUGAAGUUGUAAAUCAGUCUAGAGCCGAAAAAUCUUCUAUAGGAAAAAUUGAGAACACUGAAGGGAAACAUGUAGCAGGGACUACUGAUGCUGAAGAAGCAACUAGAAUUUUAGCGGAGAAGAGACGUCAGGCUCGACUUCAGAAAGAACAAGAAAAGGAAAUGCAAGAAAGGCAAAAUCUUGAAAGGCUAGAAAAAGAAGAGCUGAAAAGAAAAGCAGAGGAAGAGAGGACUCUAUUGGAAAAUAAGGAUCAUAAAAGAGAAGAGGAAAGGAAAUUGGAAGAGGAAUUAACAAAAAGAAAAGCAGAAGAUGAAAUAAGAAAAAGAGCUGAAGAAGAAUGCAAACUGAGAGAAAAGCAAGAAAAGAAAUUGCAAGCUAUGCUUGAGAUACAGAAAGAAGCAGCAGAAGCUAAAGCACGAGAGGCAGCUGAACAUUUACGUUUAGAAAAGGAACAAAUUCUGCAGCAGAUAGAGCAAGAAAGACAAGAACGAAAGAAGCGAAUAGAUGAAAUAAUGAAAAGGACAAGAAAAAAUGAAAUAGCAGAAAUCAAGAAAGAAGACAUAAAAUCAGAUGAGCCAAGAACCUUGAAUGUGGAUCAAUAUCCCAACCCACUUGCCCUUAGUCAAGCAGAAAUUAAUGGAGUAACAAAUUGCAAAAAUCCUAAAGGUGUUGAAUCUUUUCCUCGUGAAGUAUUUUCUAAUGGUCUUAAGCCACUUAUGGGCCUUAUUCAACUAGAUGCAAUGGGUGGAAAAUCUCACAGCUUGGAUGAGUCAACAGAUGAAGUUCAGUCUAUGGAUGUGAGUCCUCCUUCAAAAGAAGAACUUAUAUCUGUCCCUGAAUUUUCACCAUUGAAUGAAAUGUUGCCAGAAAUUACUUUGGACCAAAAUGGAUCAAAUAAUAGGAAGGCUCUUGAAGAACUACUAGAUUUUACUGGCCAAGCCACUUACACAAAACUAACAAGUGAAAAUAUUAGCAUAGAUGAUUGUAAUAAAAAUUUGAUUGAUGGAUUUAAUAGCCCAAGCCAAGAGACAACACUAAGUACCUUGUGUUGACAAAUACAUCGCUACAUAGCAAUAAG